CUACAAAAAAAUCAGUUUCUGUCGCUUUCACCCACAAUUUACGGGACGAGAGGAAAAUGUAGGGAAAUUAAAGUUGCACAGGCGUUGUGUCCUAACUUCGUCAACGCAGCUCAUACAAAUUCACGCGCACGAAGGGGCUUCACAAAUGUGAAAGAGGGGCAGCUCAUACAGGAAGCAAAUGGACACAAUGAAGAAACGCGUGGCGAUCGUCGGAGCCGGCCCGAGCGGCCUGGCGGCAUGCAAGCACGCGCUCGCCAAGGGCUUCCGCCCCGUGGUCUUCGAGUCCGGCAAGGCCGUCGGCGGCGUGUGGAAUCGGACGCUGGCCUCCACGAGGCUGCAGACGCCGGCGUCGGCCUACCGGUUCUCCGACUUCCCGUGGCCGGCGUCCGCGGCCUCGGCCGAGGGGCUCUUCCCGCGCCACGACGAGGUGGUGGAGUACCUGUCCGCGUACGCGCGGCGCUUCGGCGUCCUGGAGCGCGUCCGGUUCGGCUGCAAGGUGCUCGGCGCCAGCUACGUCGGGGCGACGGAGCAGGAGGUGGCGGCGUGGGAGCGCUGGUCCGGGAAUGGCGAGGCGUUCGGCGACGGCACGGGCGAGUGGCACCUCACCGUGCGGCACGGCGACGGCGAACCGGAGGGCGGCGGCACUCAGACGUACAGGUUCGACUUCCUAAUCCUCUGCGUCGGGAGGUAUGGCGUGGCGAAGCUCCCCAGGUUUCCUGACGGGAGAGGCCCCGAAGCGUUCCGCGGGCGAGUGCUCCAUUCCAUGGAGUACUCAGCCAUGGCGCACGCGGACGCCGCCGAGCUGGUCAGGGGCAAGCUUGUCGCCGUGGUUGGCGCCGGCAAGUCGGCCAUGGACAUCGUCGCACAGUGCGCCGAGGCCAACGGUAGCAGAUACCCGUGCACAAUGGUCUACAGAAGCGCCCAUUGGAUGGUGGAUCCUAAAGUUGCUCGGCGUGUGAAAUUCUUCACCUUCACCUCGGCUCGAUGGACCGAGUUGAUGGUUCACAAGCCCGGAGAGGGGUUCCUGCUCAGCCUUCUCGCCACGACACUGACUCCACUGAGAUGGCUUAUCUCGAAGUUGGCCGAAGUCUACUACAAGAGGAGCAUCCCGAUGCAGAAGCACGGGAUGGUCCCGGACUGCAGCUUCUCGCAGGGGAGCCUGGGCUGGCGGCUAGGCAUACUCCCGGAGGGAUUCUACGACAGGGUGGACGACGGCAGCGUGGAGCUCCGGAGGUGCCGCGGCACCAUUGCCUUCUGCGCGGACGGCCUCGUCCUGGACGGCGGCGCCGUGGUGGGCGCCGACGUGGUCAUCCUCUCCACGGGCUUCCACAUCGACCAGCCGCUGCGGGACGUGCUGGCUUCUCCCUGGUUCGGCGACAUGAUAGUCGCGGCGGACGACGGCAGCGCGGCAGUGCUCCCCCUCUACAGGCACUGCGUGCACCCGCGGGUCCCGCAGAUGGCCGUCGUCGGGUACGCCGAGAGCGGCUCCAGCAUCUACCCGUACGAGAUGAUGGCCAAGUGGGUGGCGCACCUGCUCGACGGCGCGGUCCGCCUGCCCGCCGUCCGCGACAUGGAGCGUGGCGUGGCGGAGUGGGCGCGGUGGGGCCGCUGGGCGAGGCGGGCGUGCGGGGGCUUCUUCCUCAAGUCGUGCAUCGCCUCCGUCACCACGUGGUACCACGACCAGCUCUGCCGGGACAUGGGGCACCGCCCCAGGAGGAAGGCCGGCCUCCUGGCGGAGUGCCUGCAGCCGUACGGCCCAACGGACUACGCCGGCAUCCAGUGAGAGCUGUACUGUGUACUUUACGAACUACCAAGAUAAGGACCCAAAUCUUUGAUCCAAUUCAAGCCGGGCUACCAAAUUACCCAUUUGAAUAGGUUAGGCCCAUGUUGUUUACUCAAAUCGGGCCCACUUAUGCUGCUAUGUAUACCAUAAGUUUAGACAAAUUUAACCCACAUAGUGAUCCAAGAUAAGACCAUGUGGCCAACCAAUCAAACGGACUAUGAACGCACGCCCUACGUAUAUAUCUAUAUGAACAUUUCUUUGGUAUAGUUUUUGUUGUAUCAGUUUUUUGUUGAAA